AUGCGAAUAAACGAGCACACUUGGGUUUCUACGAAGAAAGUGCUCUUGGCGCCUUAUUCAGCACAUCAUGUUCCAAAAUAUCAUGAAUGGAUGAAAGACCCGGAAAUCCAAGAAGCCACCGCGUCGGAACCUCUCACCCUCGAUGAAGAAUAUGCCAUGCAACGAAGCUGGCGAACCGACGCAGAUAAAUUGACGUUCAUCAUAUGCCGGCCUCAUGAUAGUUUGAAAGAAACGCGCGAUGGACGCUUUGACCUGGACUCGAUGAUCGGAGAUGUCAACCUCUUCAUCUCCACCACGGAAGACGGCUGCGAUACUCAAAUUGUGAUCGGCGAGCUGGAACUCAUGAUUGCCGAACACGGCGAGCAAAACAAGGGAUACGGCCGAGCCGCUUUACUUGCCUUUAUGAACUUCAUCAUCCGACAUGAACCUGAUCUUUUGGCGGAAUAUCACGCUCCUCAAUCAUUGGGUACGAACAUGCAACCAACGGCAUUCGACCACUUUGCCGUAAAAAUCGGCGCAACCAAUAGUCGCAGCAUCGCCCUGUUCGAGAGCCUGGGAUUCAACAAGACAAGUACCUUGCCCUCUUACUUUGGCGAGUAUGAACUGCGUCUAGACAAGGACGGAAUGCGCGCCUUUAUUGAUGGAGAUUUUCCUGCGAGAAAUCCUUUGGAUGGAUACAGAGAACUUAGCUAUUCUUGUUCAUGA